AUGAAGAAUCGUCUGGGUACAUGGGGGGUGGCCAUCCUCUGCAUGCUGCUUGCCAGCCACCUCUCCGCGGUCAAGGCGAGGGGCAUAAAGCACAGGUUCAAGUGGAACCGGAAGGUCCUGCCCAGCAGCGGCGGCCAGAUCACCGAAGCCCGGGUAGCUGAGAACCGCCCAGGAGCCUUCAUCAAGCAAGGCCGGAAGCUGGACAUCGACUUCGGAGCAGAGGGCAACAGGUACUACGCGGCUAACUACUGGCAGUUCCCUGAUGGGAUCUACUACGAAGGCUGCUCUGACGCCAACGUGACCAAGGAGAUGCUGGUGACCAGCUGCGUCAACGCCACCCAGGCGGCCAACCAGGCUGAGUUCUCCCGGGAGAAGCAGGAUAGCAAACUCCACCAGCGAGUCCUGUGGCGGCUGAUCAAAGAGAUCUGCUCUGCCAAGCACUGCGAUUUCUGGCUGGAAAGGGGAGCUGCGCUUCGGGUCGCUGUGGACCAACCGGCGAUGGUCUGCCUGCUGGGUUUCGUUUGGUUCAUUGUGAAGUAAAGAGCAAUGAAGCUGGCAGCCACAGAGAUUCUUCCACAGGUUUUCCUCACCUUUCAGGACCCCAGGAGUUGACGAGGGAUCUGGAAAUAACUGCUACUGGGUAUAGUCUCUUGUAAAAGGAGUAUCUGCCAGGGGGGUCGGGUAUUGUCAAAGGAUUCAUCUGCAACGUUCCAGAACACCAGUGCUGAUAGCGGUACUUCGAGUGCCGAGUUCCCAGUGCUAUCGGUUCUUCUCAAGGACGCCUUUGGGAGGCUUCCCAUGGUAAAGGGACAUGAAGCAGAGCGGAACCUUUACCACUGGACAGACAGCCCAGAGAAACCAGCCUGCUGCAGUACACCGCUGCUGCCAAGACACAACUCCUCAGUCGGCUGUCUACUGAUCCUAAACCAGAGAGCAGGCCCAGAACACACACUUUAUUCCUUGCACGCCAUUUUAAAUAUCAGACAAUAAAGAAGGAGUAAUUCUUAGUUCUUAGAUGGUGAUGUUGGUGUUUCAGCUCCAGGCUUAAGGCUUAGUUACCAGGGCGCACAAAGCUGUGGAGAACCCACUUCUUUCCAGAGGGAAAAUGAGUAGGCUGGACAGAGUCGGUGCUCCGUGAUCCCGAGUUCUCUCAGACCAUUGGUUGUCACACCCCCACAAACCUGUGACAGCCAAUGAGUGUCCAUGUGAUUUGACUGCAAAAUUCUCUUAUUUGAUUUUUAGCGGAGAUGUCCUUGCUCUUACUUGUGGAUCAGGAGAGGUUUUCUUAGUAGCCCUUCCAAGUGUUCCUAACCCGUGCGCUGUAGAGCAGCUUGCGCAAACUGACAGCAGAGUAAAAGGGGGCGGGGCUGCACUUCCGGCAUCCGGUCAGUCCAAGCUGUUUUCACCUCUCCAGACUCCACUCCUUUAUUCAUUUGCAACCGCAAAUGUAGCAAUUUGCAAUCCUAAUACAGGGCCAGGGUGGUGGAUACCUUAAAGCUUUACUUGACUUCAUUUAGUGCCUUCUGUCCAUUUUUAAUGGCUUUUGGUUUUUUGUUUCUCCAGCCCCAUCUCCUCCCUCUGCCCUUUAUGAAACGUGUACCCCUUUACUAUGUUUAAAUAUAAAGACGAGGGUUUUUAUUUUGUUACAUUACAACCCUUAAAAUACAACGAUCACCUGUAUAAUAUUUGUUUCUCUGUGGUUUGUAUUCCUGAUUUAACAGGAUGCCAUUAAACUCUCUGGGUCAGUAUCUAACAUCUAACUAGUCCUUUUAGAUGACCAUGAAGUAUUCCACAGUACAGAUGUGCUGCAAGUGACUUAAUCAUUUCCUU